CGGCCAAUGCGCACACCGCUAUCUCCUACACAUCUCUAAUUUUGCACGAAUAUUUUGUAAUAGUUAUUAGUAAAAAGUGAAAUAAUGGUUAUUGGCGUCUUCCCGGCGGCCAAGCUUGGCGUCUUGGCCAUCAAGCAGAUCAGCAAGCCUAUAGCCAAUGUGAUCAAGUCCAAUGCCAAGUCAAGUCCCUUCUUCAGGAAGUACAUUUGCAUGCCGCCGGCGCAGUUCUACAAUUGGGUGGAGGUCAAGACCAAGAUGUGGGCACUGAACAUGGGAGGCCGGGUGAAUGUCCCACCGUUGAACGAGGCGAUGGCCAUUGAGCUGGGAGCCAAUCUGCUGGGCGAGUUCAUCAUCUUCACGAUCGGAGCCGGUCUUCUGAUCUUCGAGUACUCACGUCAAACCAUCAAGGAGAACAAGAAGAACGAGAUGGCGCAGGCGGAGAAGAUGGACCUCACCAACACGCUGACAGAGAUGAGUUUCCGGCUGGAGCGUCAGGAUGCCCAAAUAAGGGAAAUGACGCGAGUGCUGGCUGAUCUAGAUUCACGCAACAUCUUCCGCUGGCACAAGGAACCCAUUCAGGAAUACGUGCCCUUCGAUCCCAGCACACCGGAUCAGAGCGCCAGUGCCAGAAACCCCAAAUCCUUGGAGCUUUAUGACCCGCAAGGCGGCAUGGCCUUCCGAGCUCUGCAUUUCCUGGACACGCAGAUCUUCGUAGACGGUCGCAACCGCAAGGCCAAGGAGGCACUACGGCAUCUGGAUGAGGUGGCCGAGCAGCUGGAACAGUCGUUGGGUGAAGCCGCUACCGUCACUGUCGCCAGUCCACUGCCAGCGCAAGCGGCGCUUUGACCCAAUCGCCAGCUCGAAGAGGAUGGCCUGCUCAUGAUGGCUGUGGCCAUGGAGGAGCAGUGAAGCUGGGCUGCCUGCUUGUACACAUUCACCCUGCAGACCAUUUCAUCAGUGCUAGUUAUGAUCAAAUCGCGUGUUACCAUUUCGUACUCUAAGUAAAAAAGUCAAUAGUUUUGUAUAACUAUUGUACGUUUGUAGUUAUAUUUAUUAAUUUUUAUUGUUACCGCAGACACAACUAAAGAAAAAAGAGAUGCAAAACAGUGUA